GAAGAUGUCGAAGCAUGGCUUGCGAAGGAGAAACUUUCACCCGAAGAAGGUGUGGCAAUGCUUGAAGAACGCUAUAAGAAAUACAAAUACGUUGAAGCUAGCAUGACGUCACAGAAGACGAGAAUGACUGAGAAGCUGCCGGAUUUCAAAAAUAGCCUCGCUAUACUUGAUGUGUUGAUAGACAAGAAGGAGAAAGAGGAGCCUUUCGAAACCACUUAUCUUGUUUCUGAGGAAGUUUACACAAAAGCUACGGUACCCAAACCCGAAAAGGUAUCUAUAUGGUUAGGUGCUAAUGUAAUGGUUGAGUAUGAAUUGGAAAAAGCCAAAGAGCUUUUGGAGAAGAACAGAGGGAAUGUCCAGAAGGCAGUGGAUGAGCUAACGUCGGAACUAGCUUUUGUGAAAGAUCAGAUCACUACCACUGAGGUGAAUAUCGCUCACGUACAUAACUAUGGUGUCAAGAAACGACAACAGAAGACCGCUGCU